UACAUUUGCUUGAGUUUGAGGACAACGUCAACGACAACGGGGUCUGUCGAGUAUCACACCGACUCAGCUGACAACACCGAAUUACUUCCUGUUCCAUACAUAUACUACAAUUGUGCUAUGUACGUAAUUUUCUUAUCACAAACGGCACAAUCAUUGUUUCCUGGUUGAGCUCGGCGUGAGCGUCGGCAGGAAGACCUAUUUUGCUGCUGGAAGAUGGACUUGCCAACUUAACUUCUUGGCUAGCCUUAGUGGAAACAUGGCCAGGCCCUGUGUGCUUCGGAGCUUGGCCCGGAGCAACUCCCCCCGCUUUACAGCAGGCUUCAAAACUGUGCUAUGCGUGUGAGGCGCUAUGAAGCGACUGAAGAGCUUUGAUGAACUCUCUUCGGUGGACAGCCUCGGCACUGACGGGGACGCAAUCAGCGUGCUUCAAACUGGGGCCAAGGACCGGGAGAGCCGGCUUGAUGAUGAUGAGCUGCAGUCAGGGCCCGGACUGGAGGCGGGGCUGUUCGGUGUGCUGUACACACUUAAGAAGGAACCGGUUGCUUGCGGCUGGGUGUCCUCGCUGCUGCGGCUGGUGCUUGACCCCCUGCAGCAGCUGGCGGUGCUGCUCAACCCCACCUUCGGGUGGUAUGCCUGGAUGGACUGGCCUGGCCUAGGCUGGAUUUGGGAUGGGCUGUCCUACCUUGACUUCGCGAGGAAAAUUGGCCACAACGCUUCGUACGCGGUGUAUGUGGGGGUGCUGUACGCGUUUGGAGGCCUGCUGCUGUUGGUGCUGGGCGCCUGCGUGUACAUCGGUGUGACGCUGCGGCGGAACCACCUGAUGCAGCUGAAGAACACGUGGAUUGUGUGGCUGACCACGCACACAGUCACGCUGCUACUCCAGACUCUCUUCGUGGCAAACAUGGGGAUACCGCUGCUGAGCCUGUACUGCCACUGGCUAGUCCCAUCCAGCAGCAGUGAUGCUGGCAACUCCACAAGCGCAGCCGCCCGCAACAGCACCACCAACUCAACCACACCUGGCGUUGAUGAAUCUGCAUACGUGAACAUGACCACCCUGGUCAACGCGACACUUACGUUUACGAACGCCACGUACGCCAAUGGAACCUCAACGGACACAACACAAGCGGACAAUACGUAUCGCCGCGGCUACAUGCACUACUACCCGGACAGAUCCUGCUCGGCCUUCCCCCAGGUUCUGAACCUGGUCCUGGGUGUGCUCAUUGCCGUGCUGUACGGCUUGAUGACUGCGCUGUUCACUGCGGCUGACGUGGACACCAACCCGCUCACGGGGAGGCUGCUGGCGGCGGUAAACCCACGCGUCGAGCUGUUCAACUUGGUCGCAAAAUCGGUGUUCCUGCUCGCGGGAAACGUCGUUGUCACGGACAUUCCGCAAUUCCAGGCCGUCAUCUUUGCGGCGUGCAUGGCGGUCCAAACGUACACAGUUAUAAGAUGGCUGCCGCACACCAUACGGUUGACCAACUAUCUGCGGGCUGGUUUCAAGCUGGGGUUGACCUGGGUCGCAAUACUCAUGGUUGUGCUCAGGUUCACGCAGGAAAAGGGCGAUCUGACAGGCAGCGGCACCGAGCGCAUCACAUCCAUCAUGCUGAUCGGUCUGCCGUGCAUGGCAGUGGUUGGAUGCUUGCUUGCCCGCUUCCGGCUGCACCGGUGGUACUUCCUGGCGAUGCGGGCCUUCCGGAACCUCCCCGACAGCAUGAAACCCAAGGACGUGUACAAGUUUUGGGACGUUUAUGAAGUGGAGAUGGUGUCCCGUGCCUGCCGGACGCCUGGCGAUAUCCGCGGCACGCAAAACGCCCGCAUGCUGAAGUACACGGACCGCAUCCUCCGGGCGGGCAUCGCGCUGUUUCCCAAUAGCGCCUACACCCACAUCUUGUACGCCAACUUCCUUAUUGAGGUGCAGUCGCUCUACCAGGCGGGCCAGAGCCAACUGAUGGCGGCUCGCAAGCAGACGCCCAACUUUCCCGAGCGCUAUGCGCUCUUCAUGCGUCAGCAGCAGCACAUGCAGCGCGCACACACGUCCACAACUGGCGAGAGCGCGGUGGACCUGGUGUCGUAUGUGGAGUUCCAGCGAAACUACAGGCUGCUGCUCCGCGCGACCACGCGCGCGCUCCUGGCGCAGCAGGCCUUCUGGAGGUUGCUGCGGCACAGCACGCUGCAGUUCAACACGCUAACGUCCGCGUUCCGGAACAUUGAGGCGGCUCAAGAGGCAGCGCUGAAGACCUACCGCUCCGUGCUGGAGAGGUACCCGAACAGCGUUAAGCUCUUGCGGAGCUACGCACACUUCCAGGAAGAAGUCAUGAACAACCCCUGGCGGGCGGCGCAAAUCUACGAGAAGGCCGACAAGCUGGAGGAGCAGCAGGCGGCUGCUCAGGACUACCUGCUAUACGCCAAUGACAGCUCCAUGCUAACACAGGUGGAUGACCGCAACAACGCCGUGGCCGUGAUCAACUCGAGCGGGAUCAUCCAGAUGACCAACAAGCCACUGCAGAAGAUGUUCAGCUACAAAGCAUCCGAGCUGGAGGGGCAGAAUGUGUCCAUCCUCAUGCCCGCACCUUACUGCAACCGCCACAAUGGUUACCUCGCAUCAUACGUCUCCACAGGCCAGUCAAAGGUUGUGGAGACCGUGCGUGAGGUGGUGGCUCUGCACCGGCGCCGCCACGUGUUUCCCAUCAAGCUGGCAGUCAGCAAGCUCAGCGGCCAGGGUGCGGACUCGCAGUUCCUGGGCGUGAUUCGGCCCGUGGAAGCAAACGCCAAGGUGGUGCGCGCGUACGUCAUGUACAACGGCAUAACGCUCUGCGUGGAGGACCGCUUCGAGGACAUGUUUGGCAUCAGCCCAGCGGAAUGCAUUGGACGGCCCUUCAAAGACCUGGUGGUGGAACAGGACGAAGUGCAAUCGCUGAUGACCUCCGUGCGAGAGGCCGCUCGCACCGGCGCGACGGCUCCUCUUGUGCCAGCCACUGGCUCAGCCUGCAUCCGGCUUCACGUACAGCACAAGUACGCGGCGCCGGUGCUGGUGGAACUGAAGAUCACGCCUGGAGGCACACCGGACGAGCCAUUGCACAUCCUCAGCCUCACUCCCAUCGCGUCUCAGACCAGUGGCGGGACCAGCGCUGGCGGUGCCGGCACUGCAGCUCCGUACUCAUCUGCAUCUGCAUUGGGCACUGGCACGUCUGCCCUGAUGGUGUUCAACCGGGGCGGAAAUGUGGUGUUCGCCAGCAGCAGCGCGAGCGCGAUGCUGGGCUAUGCGCACAAGAGCUUCCUGCUCAUGAACCUGGAGGCACUGCUGCCGGAGCAUUUCAAGUCGCUCCAUGCGAUCGGAAUGCGCGAGUUGAUGGCACGCAAGGCGGCCCACAGCUGCCGCUCCGGGCAGACCGUGUUCAUGGCCGCCAGCAAUAAGGCGCUGGUGCCGGUGCGGCUGUCCAUCAGCCACAAGGCCGAGGGGGAUGACAACCUGCUCACAGUGGUGGAGGCAGUGCGCAGCAGUGUGGAUGCGGGGCUGGACGAGCGGCGCGUCAAGCUUGAGGUGGGCCCAACUGGCGAGGUGCUGUCAGUGCUCUCCCCUGCCUCGCCCGUCUCCCUGCUGGGCGUGGCCCCGGCGGCGCUGGUUGGAGCGAACCUGUUCAAGCUCGUGCCUGAGCUGGGAGCGGCAGCACCGACCGAGCAGCUGCAGGAAGAGGCAGUGGAGGAGCUAAGAGCCCUUUGCAUGAAGCGACUGGCCCCCGCCUACUUGCGUGUGGUCCUGGGCGGCGGCAGCGCAACCGCUGCUGCGGCUGUGCCUGCAUCCGGCGACGCCAAGGCCGCAGCUGCUGCCACCGGCGCUGCGGGUGCCAACCUGGCGGGGCCAGGGCCCGCGGGCAUACGACCACAGGUCUCAGAGUUGCUGGCAGUGAUACCUGAGGCGAGCGAGGCGGCUGCAGAGCCGGCACGAGGGGCAGAUGCAGCAGCGGUGGGCCCUCAGGGCAUGGUGCUGGGAGAUGGCGACAGUGAGGAGCACUUGCUUCAGACCGCAGCAGCCGCAGCAGCUGCCUUUCACACGGGCGGGCCGGCGCGACGCUUCCCCGCGCCGGCUGCAGCGGCGCACGCCGCGGUAGCGGAGGUGGUUUCUGCGACUUCAGCUGUGCCAUCAAGGGCAGCAGCCACACCGCAGGCAAUGAAGCCAGUUGCCGCUGAAUGUGGUGAUGCAGGCACCAGCCCUGGAGGCUGCGCGUCAGCUGCUGGGCAGCAAGUGUCACUCAAUGAGAUCGCCAUUCAGCCAGGAAGUGGAGCAGCCAGCGGCCCAGGGCCGAUUCCGGCGGCGGCCGAGUCAGCAGCGGGCCCGGUCGUUGGGCCCGCCCCAUCAAAAGCAGAGCUGCCCAGCGGAGCCGCAGCUCUGGCGCGGCUCUUCAGUGCUGGCCGGCGCGCUCGGACGGCCACUGCCGGGGCGACGGCCACAGCUGCUUCCACGGGGUUUGCAGCAGGGCCCAGCACGCAGACCUCCGGCGCCUUAAAACCGUCACUACUGCGUUCUGGCCGCGACGUGGGCCGCCGCCGUCAGGGCACUGGCGUUUUGGGGCUGCUGCCACGCGCUGUGAUCCUGGAGAUUGAUGGCACGGGCGGUGAUGCCCACCUGGUCGUGUCCAUCUGGCACCCGGACAAGGUGGCGUCGGUGUUGGAGGUCUGCCGCGACGGUGACAUCCGCCAGGCGGUGCUGGACGACCUGCACCCGCCGGGACCCCUAUUUGGCGUCAGCCCCGCGCAGCUGCUGCAGCACAACCUGAAGGAUGUCCUGGGCCUUUCGCCCCGCCAGUCCUUGCUGCAGUACUUCUACACCAGCGGCAACACUAUCAUCAGCAGGGGCUCCGCAGGCAGCCUUGCGCAGCAGGCGCAGCAGCUGCAACAGCAGCAGCUGCAGGAGAAGGGGGCACCGGCAGGGCAGGAAGGCCGCCGACGCCCAUUCGGCAGCAGUGACCUCAGCAGUGGUGGCGGCGCAGGUGUCAACGGCACCGGAGCUCCUGGCACGGGUGCCGCCCGGCGAGCCAGAGGGCCUGAGCCCGUUAGCUCGGGCGAUGCUGCCCCUGCCGCGGCGGCCAAGGGCGUUGUCAUUGCAGACAGCGGAGGCGCUGGGGCAGCCGCCGGGGCCUCCAGCAGCAAUGGUGCAUCGUUGUUGAGCCGGCGGCUGCCUAGUCCGCUCGUGCACGUGACCACCACACACGCGGACGGCAGGCCGCUGCACCUGCUGGUGCAGGCCAUGCCGCGUCGCAAUUCCAGUCAAACGCUCUACUUGCGGCUGCACCUCAUGCCUAACGCCGCGCAUGUGCAGCUCAGUGACACGGCGCUCGUGCCGGCAGGGCCCCUUGUUGGGGUGGGAGGUGGACACGCUGGAGCUGUCAGUAUGUCGGCGGGCGGCGGUGGCAUCAGCAGCCGCCUGGCAGGCCUGUUCGGGGCUGGCGUCCUGGCCCCUCUUGUCAGCCGCUCGCCAGCGUUGCCCGCGGCAUCGACGGCGGACCCCAUGGGGGUUACAGCAGGAGCCGUCUCCGUUGCGCAAGCAGGUUUUGACGGGCGCGUACCUCAGGGUACAGCUGGUGCAGUGUUGCAGCCCACGCAGUCUGCCCCUGUGACGCCUGCGAACGCCUCAGCCCGCGUGGGGUCUGGGCCAGCCGCCGGUUUGCAGACGACUGGGGGGCUUCGGGUUGCACCAUCAGCGCCCGCUCCCUAUGCCCUUCCACCCAGCACUGCGUCCGCGUCAACUCGGCGCCAGGCCCUGAUGCAGGGUCCAUCAGGGCACAGCGCAGCGCACUUGGACGGCACACGUCCGCACACAGCAGCGGCUGCUGGAGCGGCUGCCCGGGCGAAUGCGCUGCCGGCAGGCCCUAGCUGGCGGAUAGAUGGCAGCGGCAUCGGCGAAGGGGAGGGCGGCGCGGGCAGGACCAGCGGACGCGGUGCGCGGGCAUUGCCGAGCUGGAGCGGUAGUGGCGGCAAAGCCGACGGCGCACAGCUCUCGGGCGUUGCCAUGUUCAGCAACCAUCUGUUCCAGACGGAUGCCUCAAGUGGGCGUGCUGUUGCCGACGGAAGGAGCAGUGACGAGGAGGGUGCCCCUGGUGGCCAUGAACGGGGGCGCACAACGGCGCAAAGGCCGCACAACCUCCUACGGCUCCCUGUUUCUGUCCGCGGUUCCAGCUCCACCCCCCGGACGUCGGAGCCUGGCAUCGCGCCGGCAGAGCCAGCAGCCGCGGCCUCUCCUGUUGUAGAUGCUGCCGGCAGUCAGCGUUCCAUUACCCACAGCAGUGAGGACGCGGAUCCCUAUGACACCACGGACGCGAGCGAGCGCGAGUCGGAUGGCGAUGCCCGCGCCCGGGCCUUUGAAUCGCUAGGGCCGGCAGUGGACGAGGCCGGAGCGCGCAGCGGCCGCGGCGCCGGCGAUGGCAGCGACAGUGGCGAUUCGACGGUGCGCGCGCUUCGCAAAACGGUGGUGGCGCCAUUGGCAGCAAUCGGCCAUCGCACGAUGCGGCGCGGCCUGGACACGGGCACGCCCGCCAGCCCCGCGGCGGAUCUUGAGACCAUGCACUCAACGCAUCACGCCCAAGAGCUCGACUUUGCAGACAACAUGGAGGUCCAUGUCGCGUCGGCAGCUGCACCGAUGUCGCACGAGCACCUGCACAUCGCAACCGGACCUGGCGUGGCUGGGUUGGCGCCCGUGUCGCUUGCAGUGGGGCCAGCAGCAGGGGAAGAGGCGGCGGCUGAAGCAGCAGCGGCAGACCAAUUACCAUGCAACGUAGACCUGGGCAAUGACGGCGCUACAGCGGCUGCAGCAGGAGCGGCGGCCGCAACAUAUGCUGCGACCGUGCUGGGCGGCAGAUCACGCGGUCUGGAGCAGCAGAGUGAAGCGACGGCAGCGGCAAGCGGCGGCAGCGUCACACGGCUUUCCGAAGUGGCGCUACGGCGGUUGGCGCGAGCGGCGGGAACCGAUGCAGUUCCUGGCAAGCAGGUGCCAAGGAGCGUCCGACACCGGGAGCAGCUGGGCGGCAACGGCGUUGGGGACGACCCCGCCGGCGACGUAGCAGCCAGGUCCAGCCUCACGCGUCGAUGGAUCCAGAGCACAGGCGCCGCCGACGCGGGUGAACAUCCCGGCAGGGGCGCGCAUGACGCCUUCGACUCGCCUGCUGGGUCAGGUGCCGACGUCGAAGGGGCUGGCAAGUCCGGUCACGCGAGGCCGGGGCUGCUGGAACCUGCGGCAUUGCCUAUGGACUCUCCAGUUGGCACCAGCAGGGAGGCCGGCCGGAGAGGCGGGCCUGGAAUGGCACCGGCAGGCGCAGGCGCAGCAGCAGUGGACAUGGCAGUCGGUGCGGGGUUUCAACCUACCGGUGGCAACUGGUACGAACUGACUGCAGGCGACGACACAGACGGGCAGGGGCAGCCAAGGCAGCAGCACCGGCCGCAGCCGCCUGUGGGGUUGCCGCAAGCGAGCAGCCGCCGUCUGGCACGGCGCACUGCCACGGCUGUUGCCUCUGCAGCCGUCGCACCAACAACAGCUGCAGCUGGCGGCGGCGUCGGUGAUGCCUCGCCGCCGGGAUCGGAGGGGGAUAACGAUGAUGGCAGUAGCUCCUACUCGGGAGCGCCUGGCGCGGGUCCGGCCGAAGCCGAAGAUGAGGAGCGGCACCUCGAUUUCCAGAGGGGCAAGCGUCUGAGACGCAUACUGAAGAUUCUGGAGCGCCCCGAGUCACGCAAGCCCAUUACACGCUUCUGGCAGCAGAGCCGAGUCAUCAGUCUACUACUGUUCCUGAGCCACCUCGGGUGCUUCAUUGGCAUCAUGGUGUUGCUCGGUGACCUCAAGUCCUGUGUGUCAGACAUCGCCGCAAGCGGCCUGGCGCUAGAGGAGCUACACUCUGCUGCGCUUGCGAGCCGCGUGCUGGACCAGAUGCACAAGAACAAAACUGUGGACACGUUGUACAAGAAGACGGAUAUGCGCGUGUAUGAGCAGAUGCUGUAUCGUAGUACAGCGGGCUUCGAGGAGCGCUUCGUACCCGCCUAUCGCAGCUUCGUGGCGAAGCACCCUAAGCACCGCAAGACGCUGACAAGCUGGUGGGACGAUCGUGUUUAUCCGGUCGAAAUCAAGUCGGCGUCAAUGGCCGCAGCGGGCCAUGACACGAGCACUGACGCCAAACAGUACAUGUCACUCUUCGAGAUGGGGAAUUGGUUUCAGGCCUAUGCAACGUAUAUUGCGGGAAACCACAACUUCACGGUACAGGAUCUCGGCUACAACCUCUCGGACACGCGCGGCUUUGAGUUCAUCCACCAAGAUGCUGUUUUCCAGCUAACUGACGCUUACAUCAAGGUCCUUGACACGAACGUGGAGGACUGCGUGGACAUAGCUUCGCUGACCAACGACGUCAUGCUGUCGCUGCUUAUCGUGGAGGCUUGCUGUAUCUGCGGAACCGCUGCCGUGUACAUCAUGUGGCGGCUCAUGCAGGUGACCAAAUGGCGCUGUGCCCUAUUUGGUGUGUUCCUGGGCGUUCCAAACCCCAGCAUAAGGGCCCUGGCCAAUCGCAAGAUCGCCGAGGAGUAUGACGAGGACAGCACGGUCGUAGAGGGGCAGCUGGAUGCUGCAGAUAAGGACCAGGCGCUUGUGCCGCAGCAGAAUUCAGCUUCAGGCCCCGGCCUGGACAGAGAGGCUGCUGCUGGCGUCAGCGCAGAAGGUACUGCACCCCCACAGCGAAGCAAAGACAUAACCGGUGGCAGCGGACCCGCGCACAGGGGCACAGCAGAGCCAGGCCCAGCAACGGUUGGGAGCGGGGGCGACAGUGGGCCUUCACCGCGAGCACAUUCGGGCGGCGGCGGCAUGGCGAGGAACGACUGGGCAAGCCCCGGCCCAUCUCGCCUGCGGGCUUCCUUCCGCGACUUUGCGCCUCCAGGCCAGGGCUCCGUGUCGGAGAGGGGGCCAGACGGCGUGGCUGGUGGAACAGGGCCACGCAGACGCGCCACUGCCGCCGCGUUUGCAAAUCGCUACGGGGCUGGGCAGAUGGAAGCAUCAGGUCCGACCCCGGGUGUGCUGGUGGCAUCGGCAGGCACCGGCGCUACCGACAAGGUGGCCGCGGCGCCCAGCAAUCUUAGGCUAUCAUGGCGACAACGUACCGCGGCUUGGCAGGAGUCCGUUGUCCGCUUCUUCCGGAUGCAGUACCAGCGGCCCGGGUCUCGCAAGGUCCUGGCGUAUAACAGCGUGCGGAACUGGUGGUUGUGUCUGCCCGUAGUGAUCUGGGCCAUCCUCAUCAUCGCCAUGUAUGCUGUGUCGUACACACUAGUCACGAACCUGUACGAGCCCAUUGAGACUGUCAACAUCGCCAGCUUCGUCGUGAUGCGCAACACGAGGCUGGUGUACUUCGCUCACGAGCUGUGUGUACUGUCAGACCCGACCAUCAUCCCCGCCUACCGGCGCUCCCUGUCUGACCGCCGCAUUGUUGCGGGUGUGGAGUACGACGUGCUCCUGUACGGCAACAAGUACUACACCCCGGCGCUUCUCGCUAACAUGUCUACUGGUGUACACCGCAUCGGCAAGUCUAGCGGCAUCAUCUCUGCCACCAGCUCAAUCCAAAACGUGCUCUUCUUCACGAGGGAGUGCCUGCGCGCCGACCCGUCAACGUGCGUUAACCGUGGGAGCCCAUUAUACCAGGCAACACACUCAGGCGUGAACACGCUGGUCAGCACGUUGUUCCAGGUGUGCGAUCUCCUGCUAGACGCGCCAGACUCGGAGGUCAACCAGAGCAGCCCGUACCUGGCCACACUCUUUCAGAUUGGCUUGAACGACGCACGAGACGGGCUCUUGUCAGUCCAAGCGUACUACAUAGAUGAAAUGAACAACAGGAUUUUCCGGAUUGCGUCCCUGCAAAUCGGCCUCAUGGUUGCCCUGUUGCCACUGCUCAUCGUGUUCGUCUUCUACCUGGUCCGACCCUUUGUGCAGCAUAUCAAGGAGGAACGCAACCGAAUGGCAAUAAUGCUAAGCGAGUUGCCACAAGACGCCGACAUCGUGCGCAUGGUUGAAGACGCAGUGGGACUGGGCCGCGCGGCGGCGGAGGCACGGCGGAAAGCCAAAGAGGCUAAGAAGCAUGCAAAGAAGGCAUCAGCCCUGGCGGCCGUCGUGAGUGCGCAUGAGACCAACAAACGGCCGGGUCUGGUGCCCCUGCCCACUGGCAGUAUUAGAUGGUAGUAGCAGGAGUGUUGUAAGCAGCCUGGCAGACAUGAGCGGGCGUCAAGGAUAGAAGUAGGGUAGUACAACGGCAUGUCCUAAGGUGCACUGGCCUUGGCACUGGCUUGAAAUCUUUCCAACACAGCAACGCAUGAGACUGUUGCACGGUUCCCAGGGCUGGCUCGGGUGAAUUUAGGUGCAUAUUCCCAUGAACGAGUUUGUGGUAUACCAGUUGCAGAGGCGGCCUUGCACACGUACGAGCGCCAACGUCUGACAUUGGGAGUGGUACCGGAUAAGAGCAUGCAUUGCUUUGUUCUCAUCAACACAUGCAUGAUAGCACACUAUUGCUACGACUAGGCGAACGCUGCCUUGAUGCCGGUAUGAAUGCGGAUGUUACAGAUGGGACAGUCCCAGCACCCGAAGACGCCGAGCCAUCACAUGCUAUCAGGGCCCAACUUGGCCGCCGGUAUGGCGGUGUAUGUUGUCUUCCAUUACCAUCGUACCUUGUCUGCGGCCUUUUCAUCUUCUCGGGCGCCGCGCCCCACCUGCACGGAGCGGCCACCGUCCAGUGACCGCCUUCGCCCUAUGCAUUUAGAUACUUUGUGUCGGACUAUCGGUGGCGGGGUGUAUAGGGGACGUAUGGGGGCUAUCGGCCGCCGAAGCGGCCUCCCCUCGUCGGCAGGGAGCCUCUCUGGAGGGGCGACCGUGUCGGGCCACCGACCGUGUCGGGGUACGGACAGUGUAAGGACUGCCCCGC